ACCUCCUCACCAGCACAAAGCAACCACGAUCCCCCAUUCCGCGAUGUUCCGUCCGUGUGUCUUCCUCUUAGCGUGUUCGCUGACCCUCGCCCUGGUGGCCGGGCAGUACUUCGGCGACGACGGUGGCGACGGGGGCCACCACGAGGACCACCACUACCACCACGAGCCGGCCCACUACGAGUUCCACUACGCCGUCCACGACAAGCACACCGGCGACAUCAAGCACCAGCACGAGUCCCGGCACGGCGACACCGUCCACGGCGAGUACUCCCUCGUCGAGCCAGACGGACACAUCAGGACCGUCAAGUACAACGCGGACCACAAGACCGGCUUCCACGCCCAUGUUUCCCGCAAGGAAUACCACUGAUAGGGCGCCGGUGC